CAGCCGGAGUCUGCCGCAAAGCCCCAGGCUUUGCCGGCCGAUGCGCCGCCGUCUACAGGACAACAUCGCCGGAGACAUCGAGCGACCAUAUUCCGACGAUGACGGCGAAGUUACGCCGCCGGCUGAUGCGGCGGCGGAAUGGAAGAGGGGAAGGGGAGGGAGGAGGAGGGGGGCGGCGCUUCUGCUUAUAUUUGCGGUGCUCAUGUUAUUUGGAUUUGCGAGCGUUUUUCAGAUAAGCAGGAUUACGGAUGGCGCCGGCGUUUUGCACCACCACUACCGCCGGGGCGGCGGCGGUGGCGGCGGCGUGUUCAAUGUUGAGAUAGAGAAUUUAACGGCCAUACGAAAGAGCCACGCAAUGGUCCCAGAAAUAUGGAGAAGACCUUAUAACCAAGGCUACGAGCAAUGCAUCUCCAGACCAAAAGAUAAAAUAAGACCUGCUACUUCAACCUCAAAUGGCUAUCUCAUAGUUCAUGCCAAUGGCGGUCUUAAUCAAAUGAGAAUUGGAAUUAGUGACAUGGUGGCGGCGGCUAAGCUAAUGGAUGCAACACUUGUGCUUCCCCGUUUGGAUCACGAUUCCUUUUGGAGAGAUUCAAGUGAAUUCAAAGAUAUCUUUGACUGGAAGCACUUCGUGAACUUGUUGAAAGAGGAUAUUGAGGUUGUGGAAUCUCUGCCACAGAAAUAUGCAGGAAUCAAACCACUCGUGAAGGAACCAAUCUCUUAUUCCAAGAGCCCAUACUACAGGGACCUAGCCAAAAUUUUAAAGAAAAAAAAGGUGAUGGUAUUCAUAAAGAUUGAUUCAAGAAUUGCAAACAACGGCCUUCCCCCUUCAAUCCAGAGGCUACGAUGUCGGGCAAACUAUCUGGCGCUGAGAUACACGCCACAGAUCGAAGAGCUGGGAAAGGAGCUGGGGAAGAGACUAAGAAAUGGAGACAAUCACUAUAUUGCACUUCAUUUGAGGUAUGAGAAGGACAUGCUUGCUUUCACUGGCUGCAGUCAUAAUCUUACUCAGAAGGAGGCAGAUGAUCUUCAAUUAAUGAGAUACAAGGUCAGGCAUUGGAAGGAGAAGAGGAUAAACGGUGAAGACAAGAGAGUUCAAGGAGGGUGUCCAUUGACGCCACGAGAAGCUGCUUUAUUCUUAAAAGCUUUGGGAUAUCCAUCAGCAACCAACAUAUACAUAGUUGCUGGUGAAACUUUUGGUCACGACAGCAUGGCUUCUUUAAAGCAAGAGUUUCCCAACAUUCAUACACAUAAAAGUCUAGCAACAGAAGAAGAGUUGAAGCCUUUCAGAUCAUACCAUAACCGGCUUGCUGCCAUUGACUAUAUUGUAGCCAUAAACAGUGAUGUAUUUGUGUAUACUUAUGAUGGAAAUAUGGCAAAAACAGUACAAGGUCACAGAAGAUUUAAAGGAUUUCUCAAGACUAUUAAUCCUGAUAGGAGGAAGAUAGUGGAACUGAUAGAUAAGUUGGACAAGGGUGGUAUAACAUGGGAGAAAUUUGAAGAUCAAGUUAGACGACACCACGUAAAAAGACUUGGAGGACCAUAUGAAAGGCAAGCUGGACCAACAGCAAAACUAGAAGAAAAUUUUUAUGCAAAUCCUAUUCCCGGCUGCUUGUGCCAAAAACUAAAUUGAUUCAUCUUUAAAAGAUUUGAUCAAUGAUGCAAAAAAGUCUAUACAAAGAUUUUCGAUUUUCUGAGUUAAAUUACACAGCCACUGGAGGACAAAUGGAUUCUUCAGGUAAAGAUCCAGAUCAUUGCAAUACUCUGAGGACCUGAUUGCACAGAAUGUACAGAUUUCAAAAUUCUCACGUGACAAGGAAUGGUCAAGAAAGAAAGUUAGCAAAGCAUAAUACAAAUGGAGAAAGGUGAAAGAAAAAAAAGGAAAAAUUGACUUCCACAAUUUUCUUUAGCACGGUAAAGCAGAGCUUAGUGUACACAUCAUUUGAUUCUUGAAAUCGAACACUCAUACUAAUUAGUUAGUUGAUAUUCUUUGAACCAAACCUAUAAUUUUCUUGAUUUGAAUAUUCAGUA